AAGUAAGCUGUACUCAAAAUUCAAAAGGGAAGAGAAGCUAAGGCGUAGAAGCGAGAAAGAAAGAUGUCCAAGGAAGUGAGCGAAGAAAGGCAGGGUGGCCACCUCCAGCACGGCAAGGACUACGUCGAUCCGCCGCCGGCCCCUCUGUUCGACUUCGCCGAGCUGAAGCUCUGGGCUUUCUACCGUGCCCUCAUAGCUGAGUUCGUAGCUACACUCCUCUUCCUUUACGUCACCGUCGCCACCGUCAUCGGCCACAAGAAGCUCAGCGCCGCUGACAACUGCGACGGCGUCGGAGUCCUCGGCAUCGCGUGGGCCUUCGGCGGCAUGAUUUUUGUCCUCGUCUACUGCACCGCCGGAAUCUCCGGCGGACACAUAAACCCGGCGGUCACGUUCGGGCUGUUUCUGGCGAGGAAGGUGUCUCUGGUCAGGGCGGUGGCAUAUAUGGCGGCGCAGUGUUUGGGCGCCAUCUGCGGCGUUGGGCUGGUGAAGGCCUUCAUGAAGGGCUACUACGACCGUCUUGGCGGCGGCGCUAACGGCGUUACUGACGGCUACAGCAAGGGGACAGCUUUGGGUGCUGAGAUUAUUGGGACUUUUGUCCUUGUCUACACCGUUUUCUCCGCAACGGACCCUAAACGGAACGCGCGUGACUCUCACGUUCCGAUAUUGGCUCCUCUUCCUAUCGGGUUUGCGGUGUUCAUGGUUCACUUGGCCACCAUCCCCAUCACCGGCACCGGAAUCAACCCUGCGCGGAGCUUAGGCGCCGCCGUUAUAUUCAACAGCCCCAAAGUGUGGGAUGACCACUGGAUAUUCUGGGUCGGGCCGUUUGUGGGAGCACUUGCGGCGGCGGCAUACCAUCAGUACAUCUUGAGGGCGGCGGCGGUUAAGGCUCUGGGUUCUUUCCGCAGCAACCCCACCAACUGAUCAAAUUCUCAUUUUGGCCCAUAGAAUUAUCCGGCAGCCGGCAAAUUAAUUAAAGCCCGGCCCUCUCGAUCUUAAUUAGAGUUAUUAUGUAAUCCUCAACCUCUAGCUAGUUAGUGUUACAUUGGUCAGUUGUGCUUAGUUUUUCUGAUUAAGAAAGCUGUUAUUAACCGUUAACUUUCGGUGUUUGCCGUGUUUUUAGUGAAUCUAGCCUAAUCAUUCUAGCCUUCUAGCUUAUAUAGAUUAAAGUCUUUUUAAAGUGAGGGGUCUAUUUUGCUAUCAAACUCGGGGAAAUUAUACUGUGCACUCCUAAAUUUUGAGUGCACCGGUACACACAUUUUCUUAUUCAAUCACAUUUUAGUAUUGUGCUACUAAAUAUGAUUAACGACUUGUAGUGA